AUGGCAGUCCAGGGCUUGGCCCUUCGAGUGGCCACCUUGUUGACAGGGUUGCUGGAAUGCCUGGGUUUUGCAGGUGUGCUUUUUGGCUGGGCCUCACUGGUGUUUGUCUUCAAGAAGGAGCAUUAUUUUGAGGACCUGUGUAAGCAGGAAGAUGAGUUGGUGAGCGCGAACAACACCAGCAUGAACAACAGCAUCACACAGCAAAAAUGCAAAGCCCAGGAUGAAAGGUUCUCACUCAUCUUCACACUGGCUUCCUUCAUGAACAACUUCAUGACCUUCCCCAUUGGCUACGUGUUUGACCGGUUCAAGACCACUGUGGCCCGCCUCAUAGCCAUAUUUCUCUACACUAGUGGCACACUCACCAUAGCCUUCAUUUCUGCAGACUCAGCUCUGCUGCUUUUCCUGGCCAUGCCUAUGCUAACUGUGGGCGGAAUCCUGUUUCUCAUCACCAACCUGCAGGUUGGGAACCUAUUUGGCAAACACCGCUCUACCAUCAUCACCCUCCACAAUGGGGCAUUUGACUCCUCUUCAGCUGUCUUCCUUAUCAUUAAGCUCCUGUAUGAGCAGAACAUCAGCCUGAGGGCCUCCUUCCUCUUCCUCUCCAUCUGCAGCGCCUGGCAUGUCGGGCGCACCUUCCUUCUGAUGCCUCGGGGGCACAUCCCCUUCCCACUGCCCCCCAACUACCACUAUGGCCUGUGCCCUAGGAAUUGCUCCACGGAGACGAAACCAGCGGAGUCUGGAAAGACAGAGCGACAGUCCAGGGAGCUCCUGUCAUUGAAGGAUGAGAACCCUGGGUCAGGGCAGCAGCAAGAACCCCGCUCCUUCUGGACUUACGCUUUCUCUCGGCGGUUUGCCUGGCACCUGGUGUGGCUGUCUGUGAUCCAAUUGUGGCACUACCUCUUCAUUGGCACGCUCAACUCUCUGCUGACUAACCUGGCUGCUGGGGACAGGGCACUAGUCAGCAGCUACACAAAUGCAUUUGCCAUCACUCAGUUUUUCGGCAUGCUGUGUGCCCCCUGGAAUGGUCUGCUCAUGGACAGACUCAAGGACAAGUACCAGAAGGAAGCCAGAAGGACUGGCACUUCGGCCUCGGUGGUGACCCUCCGCUCCACGGUACCCUCGCUGGCCCUGACGUCCCUGCUGUGCGUGGGCUUUGCCCUCUGCGCCUCUGUUCCUGUCCUUUCCCUGCAGUACCUCACCUUCAUCCUGCAGGUGAUCAGCCGCUCCUUCCUCUACGGGGGAAACGCAGCCUUCCUCACCCUUGCUUUCCCUCCCGAGCACUUUGGGAAGCUCUUCGGGCUGGUGAUGGCUUUGUCAGCCAUUGUGUCUCUGUGCCAGUUCCCCAUCUUUACCCUCAUCAAAGGACCCCUUCAGAACGACCCACUCUAUGUGAACAUGACACUGGUGCUUGUCACCCUGCUCACAUUUGUCCACCCCUUCCUGGUGUACCGGGAGUGCCAAGACCAGAAAGGACGCCCCUCUGCAGCUGCCUAA